AUGAUAGAAGAUCACCCAGUUAACAUGGCAUUGGGCUUUAAAUCUAAAGUUGGUCCUGAUGAUAUCAAAACAGAGUUUCAACUAAUUAAUUGGAAUUCAAUAGUUUCAUUGGCGUUUCAAUUCCAGACUGAUAACCAUCUUCUUUUCAUGAUGCAAGAUGCUUUAAUUAACUUCGAGAUGUUAAUGUCAACCAAUCCAUGA